CGUCACCAAAUCGAUCAUGCGUUAUACGUCCAUCUGCCUUCUUACAUGCAGCCUUUGCCGGAUGAUGAGGGAUGGGUGCCACCCCCUUCAACCCUUCCUCUCGCGUGGGGGUCGACACAAACCUCUUACGAAAUCGCCCCUCGUUCGGAUGGUCGUGGCGUUGGGAUGGGUCCGAUGUCCUCCCUCAUGGCGGAUCUGACGAGUGGUCGCCCGGAUCCUCUGCAAUUGCAUUUGUCGCCGACGUGCACAAUGGAUGCCUCGACAACUGUUCUCGUUGAGCAUAGCACUCAUUCGCAAGGUGGGGUGUCCGUCACAAUGCACAACGCGCGCGAAGUCGGGCAAGCGACAGAGCGGCCGCCGAUGUCAUCGUACGGGUGCGGGGGCAGUCGUGGCGUGCUGCCGUCAUCCUCAGCUGCGGUGCGCUCACCUCUUCCUCGCAGCGGUCCUGCAGGAAGGGUAACGACAGCGACUGCGGCGGAGUCCCCCCAGGUGAUAGAGAGGAUCAUAGCGCGGUACUCAAGAAUGCGUACCGACGUUCAAGUUGCUGACGGAGGUGAUGAGGACGCAGAAGAGGAGGAUGUACCUGAGGAGGACUUAAUGGACGACGAGGACGAAAGUGAGGAGGAUGAUGACGCUGCGGUGAAGGAGGUCACACAAAAGACCGCGAAGACGAGGACGACGAAGAGUCGUCGAAAGUCCAAGGCGAGAGAUGGAGGCCCCGGUGAUGGCGAGGAGGGGGGGGGAAGAAAGGCGAAGAACUGGGGUUUGGACGAUUCGCUCGUCCUGGUCCGCUGCAAAAGGGACUAGGACGAUUACAUGGCAGGCCAGGGGAACAACUUUGCGCGAAUGAAGACGGAGACUUGGA